AUCCUCCUUAGACAACCACGUCGUGACGUAAGUACGGAAGGGACGUGGUGAAACAAACCGCUAGCUUUGGCUUCAGGGUGCUGCUGCUGGCCAUUUAUCAACAGUUUGUUUGCCGCUAAGGUAGAAAUAUUUGGUCGUGACUGUCUGAAUUUAGUCUGCUCGAAUAUAUUCAACAUGAUUUCCCUGACUGACUCUCAGAAAAUAGGAAUAGGGCUGACAGGGUUUGGCGUGUUUUUUUUGUUUUUUGGGAUGAUCCUGUUUUUUGACAAAGCCCUCCUCGCUAUAGGAAAUAUUCUUUUCGUCUCUGGUCUGUCCUUUGUCAUUGGAUUGGAGCGAACCUUCAGAUUUUUCUUCCAGAGACACAAAGUAAAGGCCACCAGUUUCUUCCUAGGAGGUGUGUUUGUGGUCCUGAUUGGCUGGCCAAUCAUUGGAGUUGUUUUGGAAAUCUAUGGAUUCUUCCUCUUAUUCAGGGGGUUCUUCCCUGUGGCAGUUGGCUUCAUCAGACGAGUACCUAUACUGGGUUCUUUGCUCAGUUUACCAGGGAUCAGUUCGCUGGUGGACAAAAUUGGAGAGAGUAACACUAUGGUAUAACUGUUUUUGUACUGGCAAAGACUUUCAGUAUUUGUCACUUCUAAGAGUUACUGUAUAUUUGACCGUUUCAUUCCUUUACUGUGAACCGACAUUUUUGUUCUACACUGAGGGAAAACCUUCAGCACGGGGCAUUGGACUGGUACAAGGUUUCCUCACCCUUGUAUUGUAUUGUAUUGAUCACCAUAUGGACAAAGAUGCACCUUUUUCUUCAAGCUUGGAAGUAGGACUCUUCAUUUUGUAACGUCGGUGUGAUUUAAAUAACUUGGAGAAGACCUUUUGGAGUAACUGCUUCUUAGACGGUGUUCCUGAACAGUCGCUGAAAGCUUUUUAUAUAUAUUUUUUUUAUGAAUGUUGAACAUUGAAAUAAACAAGUCCAAGUGAAACAUUACUGACAUGAAGAAAA